AUGUUCUCCCAAUCAUGGACUUCCCGGAAGCGUAACAGGGAAGACGAUGAGGAGACAGUGAUGUCUGGCUUCAGCGAGCAUCGAUCGAAACGACGUAUAGCUACCCUUCCUCACCGUCAGUCCCCAAAGAUUGCUCGCCACACCUCCCCGACCUUCUCCUGGGGAAGCAACUAUACUUCCCAGCCUGCCCCUCCUACCAUAACUCCGGCUGACUCGGACUCGGAGGAAGCUGCUGGUUCUGCAGAGCCAAGGUCGUUCUUCUCGCCAUACUCUUCUUCCCCAACUACUGCUGGUCUUACGCAGAGUGGUCCACCUUCCCCUUUCUUGGAUGGUUUUGAAAGUCAACCAAAUGUCGAGUCCACUCAGAUGUCCGAUGCACCAUCUUACACCGAAGACUUCGAAAUGACAGACUCGAUCCAUCUCUCCCCAGGCCCCUUUCAAAGCGACCAGUCUCCUAGCAUCUCAGGUCGAAUUCCAACUCCGAUACAUAGCUCAUUUGCUCCAUUCAUACGGGCGGAGAAGGCUUCGGUUCACCGCGAGGGUGACUUCGCAGAUGAUGAGGCUUUGGUUGAUAGGUUUCGUCGUGGCCGAAGACUGCCUAGCCCUAUCAGUGAAGGCGAGACAAGUCCAAGUGUUAUUGUUGCAGGUUUUGGAGAUAUGCAGAUGGAGGUGGAGUCAUCAUCGCAGCAUGACCCGGACAAAGAGACUCCCACAAAGAAGGGACACACUCGGUCAAAACACAGUCUCAGAAAUUGGACUGGAUUCGGCUCGGAGCUCAACGGAGGAAUGAAGAGAAGCUUCAGCAUGGGCUAUCGAGCCGAUUGUGAGAAGUGUCGGUUGAAGGUUCCUGGCCACUUCAGUCACAUCAUCACUUACUAA